AGAGUAAAUUAGGAGAAAAGAAAGAUGACAAGUCUUAACUUUCUCCCAACAUUUCUUAUAUUUUUUCUUUUCUUAUUCUUGAUAAUGAGACGUGGUGGUUCACUGUCAAAUACCUUGUCGAUUACAGAGUCACUAGAACUUUCAAAAAAUAACACACUUGUGUCUUCUAACAAUCUCUUUGAGCUCGGGUUCUUCCAGUCUCAAUCCAAAUGGUAUCUCGGAAAUUGGUGGAAACAAGACAAAACCGUUUUAUGGGUAGCCAACAGAAAUGUCCCUCUUUUGGGAUCAUAUGGAGUCUUGAAGUUCAUGAAAAACAACCUGGUGAUUCUCAACCAGAGUGGUGACCAAAUCUGGUCGACAUAUCUGAGCGGAAGUGGUGUGAGGUCUUCCAUGUGGGCAGAACUACAUAAUAACGGAAACUUGGUCUUGAAAUAUAUUAACAAUCCGACCGGAUACGUGUGGCAGAGCUUUGAUCACCCGACGGAUACUCUACUACCUGGGAUGAAGUUAGAUCCAGUUGAUCCUUCCAAACGCCUCUACUCCUGGGUGAGUUCAGAUGAUCCCUCAGCCGGGUAUUUGUGGUUAGGAAUUAUGAACUAUCCAGAUGGUAUUUUUGCAAUUGAUGUUACGAACUACAGAAUGGAUACGUGGAAUGGGUACCGAUUUGGGGACUUGCCCCCAGUUUUCCAACUAAACGAUAACGCAGAUUCUUUUUUAAUGAAUACAUUCCCCAACAGCUACUCGAGGUUAACAAUGUCUCCAGACGGGUUUUACUAUAUACACACAUGGGUCCCAGGGGUGAACGUAUGGAAUAUGUCAUUUUCCAUGCGGGAAGAUGCUUGCUACCGGGGACGCUUCAACACGACAUGUGGAUCGUACAGUAUAUGUUCCAAAAACGCAUCGUGUCACUGUAUUCAAGGAGUCACUGAGAAGCCGGAGGGUGGGUGUAUUAGAAGGAAUGCUCUGAAGUGCAACGAAGAUAUAUUUGAAAAACUACAAAAGAUGAAACUUCCCGAAGAUGGAGAAUGUAUUAAUGGUUCCAGCUAUAGUGUGGAAGAGUGUGAAAAUGUUUGUUUGAAGGACUGUGACUGUAAAUCGUUUGCACUUGUGGAAAGUCGAAAAAGCCAGCGCGUAUGUGUUAAAUGGACUGGAGUACUGAAGGGUAUGCGAACGUACACGUUCGGUGGUCAAGAUCUUUACAUCAGAGUCGCUGCUUCGGAUAAUGAGGAUCACGCCAAAACUAAUGGGAAAAACAAAGAUCUUGACCCAGGGAUUAUCGUACUAAUCGUCCUAUCCUGUAUCAUCCUCUUGGGUAUUGUGUGCUUAGCCAUCUUCUGUUGUUGGAAAAAGCAUAAAAGAAGUAUUAUACAAGGAGGGCCAACCCAAACAGAGAUUGUCAUGAGCGAGAUAGACACACCAGAGAGCUUUCAGCUUAUGGAGUUUGGAGUUAUUUUCGAGGCGACGAAUCACUUUUCCGAAAGCAACAAAGUCGGACAAGGUGGUUUUGGUCCAGUUUACAAGGGAAACGAGAUCGCAGUAAAAAGAUUGAAAGCGAGAUCAUCUCAGGGGAUGGCAGAGUUCCGAAAUGAAGUGACUCUGAUUUUACGUGUACUACACGUGAACCUCGUCCGACUUCUAGGCUGUUGCAUCCAUGGAUACGAUAGACUAUUGGUCUACGAGUUCCUGGAGAAUUCUAGCCUCAGCAGCUAUAUCUUCAAUCAAACUAGAAGCCCGCUCCUAAACUGGGAGCAUAGGUUCGAUAUAAUGAAAGGUAUUGCUGAAGGAUUGUGCUACCUCCACAACUUCACAAGCCCACCGAUACUUCACCGCGACCUGAAACCAAGUAAUGUGCUUCUAGGCAGAGACAUGAUCCCAAAAAUCUCAGAUUUUGGGCUGGCUCAGAUGAUGGAAACUGGCACCACAGAAGCUGCAAUGGAAACAGCAGUAGGAACUUACGGCUACAUGUCUGAAGAAUAUGCGAAAGAUAAUAUCAUGUCCCAGAAAUCAGAUGUCUUCAGUUAUGGAGUAGUGUUGUUAGAGAUUCUUACUGGAAGGAGAAAUCAUGAGUAUUGUAUUGCAAAUCCAGGAGAUAGUCUUCUCGACUUCGUUUGGAGGCGAUGGAAGGAUGGUACUGGAUUGGAGGUCGUGGAUUCGAGCUUCCAUGAUGAUUCAUUUAUAGAAGACCAGGUUUUACGAUCAAUGAAGAUUGGUCUAUCCUGUGUUCAACAAAAUAUGCACGAUAGGCCUAGUACAAGGACCAUUGUGGUUAUGUUUGAAAAUGGCCCACGAUCAGAAAUUCUAGAUCCGACGAGACCAAACUAUAAUCUCACAAGAGCUGAUUCAUCUUCUUCUCCAGUUACCGUUACCGACCAAUCAGUCACUAUUAACGAGGCCACUUUGUCAUGCACUGACGCCAGGUGAUGUUUUUAUGUAGUGCGUUUUUCUACUAGUUUACUUAAAAGAAAAAAAAUCAUUCCUAUGUUAUGUUUAAUUUCAUGUGUUUUUUCUUCUAGUUUACUCUUUGAAAAAAUAACUACUAUUAUUCAUAUGUAAUGUUUUUAGUUGUUUGGGUCUCAGUGCGGGAGACUGAUACUUUAA